AUGCAGCAACCUCGGGUCCAUGCUCUCUCUCCCUCAGGAGGUUCUGUCCCUCGUGCGCCUGCAAUCACUUGGCUUGCUUCUUUCUCCGUCCUACCCACAGCCAGCCGCAUACCUGCCAGUUCCUCUGAAAUAUCAUUCGGCCGUCUCACCUCUCACAUCUCAUUCGCCCGUCGCACCUCUCACAUCUCAUUCGCCCGUCUCACCUCUCACAUCUCAUUCGCCCGUCUCACCUCCCACAUCUCAUUCGCCCGUCUCCCCUCCCACAUCUCAUUCGCCCGUCGCACCUCUCACAUCUCAUUCGCCCGUCUCACCUCUCACAUCUCAUUCGCCCCUCUCACCUCUCACAUCUCAUUCGCCCGUCUCACCUCUCACAUCUCAUUCGCCCGUCUCACCUCUCACAUCUCAUUCGCCCGUCUCACCUCUCACAUCUCAUUCGCCCGUCUCACCUCUCACAUCUCAUUCGCCCGUCCCACUUCUCACAUCUCAUUCGCCCGUCUCACCUCUCACAUCUCAUUCGCCCCUCUCACCUCUCACAUCUCAUUCGCCCGUCUCACCUCUCACAUCUCAUUCGCCCGUCUCACCUCUCACAUCUCAUUCGCCCGUCUCACCUCCCACAUCUCAUUCGCCCUUCUCACCUCUCACAUCUCAUUCGCCCGUCUCACCUCUCACAUCUCAUUCGCCCGUCUCACCUCUCACAUCUCAUUCGCCCGUCCCACCUCUCACAUCUCAUUCGCCCGUCUCACCUCUCACAUCUCAUUCGCCCGUCUCACCUCUCACAUCUCAUUCGCCCGUCUCACCUCUCACAUCUCAUUCGCCCGUCCCACCUCUCACAUCUCAUUCGCCCGUCUCACCUCUCACAUCUCAUUCGCCCGUCUCACCUCUCACAUCUCAUUCGCCCGUCUCACCUCUCACAUCUCAUUCGCCCGUCUCACCUCUCACAUCUCAUUCGCCCGUCUCACCUCUCACAUCUCAUUCGCCCGUCUCACCUCCCACAUCUCAUUCGCCCGUCUCACCUCUCACAUCUCAUUCGCCCGUCUCACCUCUCACAUCUCAUUCGCCCGUCUCACCUCUCACAUCUCAUUCGCCCGUCUCACCUCUCACAUCUCAUUCGCCCGUCUCACCUCUCACAUCUCAUUCGCCCGUCUCACCUCUCACAUCUCAUUCGCCCGUCUCACCUCUCACAUCUCAUUCGCCCGUCUCACCUCUCACAUCUCAUUCGCCCGUCUCACCUCUCACAUCUCAUUCGCCCGUCCCACUUCUCACAUCUCAUUCGCCCGUCUCACCUCUCACAUCUCAUUCGCCCGUCUCACCUCCCACAUCUCAUUCGCCCGUCUCACCUCUCACAUCUCAUUCGACCGAGUCUCUCUUCCCCCACCAUUCCACCCAUCCGCAUGCCAAGCAUCCCCUCAGUCAUCGGCCAACUCACCUCCCUCACUUCCCUGUACGACCCCUCCUCGACCCAUCUGCUUCACUGCAGAUCUCGAAUGCGGUAGUGGGGGGUUCAUUCCCUGCAUCCCUGUCCCAACUAGCGCAACUCAAAUCACUGUAAGCCUCGAAUCAAUUGCCUGUGAGUCGUGA